GAUGAUAGAGACACAGAUAAACUUUUCAGAUACCUACCUGCAUAAAUAUAUGGCAACUUCAUAAAAUAGGUCGUAGUUAUCUGCAUACCGACGUUGUAAAAGCCAUUAUCUUAAUCUGCAAAUUGUAGCAGAAAAUUUUUAUUUUGACGAAAGCUGUUUAACCCUAUGUAAAUAAUUGAUACGCAUUCUAUAUAAUUUACUGUUUAGACCUACUUCUGUUAUGAAAAUUUCAUAGAAAAAUAGUUUAAAAUAUUGAUUUUAAACUUAAAGUAUGUGGACUUAAAUAGUACGAUAAUAUAAUGACGAUGAAAUUGAUUGAAUUAUUUUCUGUGUUGGUGUUGUUUGCUUUACGCUCCGACGCUCAGGAGUCUCAGCUUAACGUCAAUGGAUUCAAACUUGGCUUCUUGCUUGAUCCUAAAAUUUCGCGAGAGUUUGAAGUGCAGAAGAUGUUUCGUUACGGUGUCUUGCAAUUUUUAAAAUCUUCCAAGUCUGUCGAUAUCAGAGAAGAUGCAAUUCACGUUGACAUGGGCAACGGUUUUGACGCUGCCAACUCAAUGUGUACCCUAAUAUCUAGUGGCGUUGUUGGUGUGAUUGGCAUGCACACUAGCAAUACGGUUGAUGUUGUUUCAUCCAUAAGCAAUACCUUUAACGUGCCUUACUUGACGACUUCCAUGCCCACAAACACUUCCAUAAAAAAUGGUGGCUACCAAAUAUAUUUCAAACCGCCCUACCUGGAGGCUGUCUUUGAUUUGGUCAGGCACUACGGCUGGAAGAGGGCCACAUAUUUUUAUUCGACUUACGAAGGACAAGAAAGAAUGCAGCAAUUCAUAGACAUGCUGAUGCAAAGUAAUCCACGCUUCACACUGAACUCUAAAAGAGUGGAAAGUCCCGAAGAUGCUGUAGAUGUUAUCAAAGGUAACAUCCGUGCUCACGAAAACGUAUUAUUAGAUUUGCCUGCAGCUCAUUCUGAAACAUUUUUGAAUUCUUUACACCAGGUGGAAGCAGCUUUACUGGCCGAUGCAGCUUACGUCACAUCCUUCGUACUGGAGGACAUGUCAAACAAAAUUCCCAACCUAGCAGCGGAGAGGCUGAGUUGUACGUCGGAGCCAACAGUGCCCUGGACGUUGGGAUUUUACAUUGUCGAUGCGUUUAAAAAAGUUAACACACCUGGUUUAUUCACUGGCAAUAUAUCGUUUGAUCAAUUUGGCCGUAGAAAAAAUUACGAACUGUAUAUAAUUGAAUCGCACAGAAGCAAUGGCCAGAGAAAAGAGAUAGGAACGUGGAGUCUCAAAGCGGGCGUAACAACAUACCAGCAAAGAAAGAACGCGUUGAUUGAAAAAGAUCGCAUUGAAAUAUCCAACAAAACGAGAAUUGUUACUUCUAUUUUGAUUGAGCCAUUUUUUAUGCUAAAAAAAGGCGACAAUCUGACCGGGAAUGAUCGUUACGAGGGGUACUGCGUUGAUCUGACGAAACUCAUCGCAGGAUUAGUCGGAUUUGAUUUUGUAUUCAAGCUCGUGGAAGAUAGAAAGUUUGGAAGCAAAGACGAAAAUGGACGCUGGGAUGGAAUGAUUGGAGAACUUUUGAGGAGGGAAGCCGAUUUGGCCGUAGCUCCAAUCACAGUGACCUCUGAGCGAGAAAACGUGGUGCAUUUUUCAAAACCAUUCAUGAGUGUAACCACCAGCGUUCUUGCCAAAAGAUUUUACGUCGACUAUCUCAACAUUUUCCAAUUCUAUAAAGUUUUCAGUUACGAAGUUUGGGGUAGUAUAGUAUUAGCGUUACUGGGAGCCAGCGUUAUGCUCUGGUUAGUUAGCAAAGUGGCAUCUUAUAAGAAUUUUGACGAUGGAAGAAAAACCGACGCGGAAAAUUUUACUUUGUGUAACAGCAUUUGGUAUUUACUUGGUUGCUCGAUGAUGUGUUCCGUGAACCUCGUACCAAAAACUCUUUCUGGUCGUAUCGCGAGCGCUGUGUGGUGGUUGUUUGUCCUACUCAUCCUGUCGUCAUACAUAUCCGUUUUAUUUUCAUUUUUCAACGUCCAACGCGGUAGAAAGUUUCUAACCUCAUCGGAUCUUUCCAAUCAGACUUCAACAGUCCCAGUCUAUGAGAGAAUGUGGUCAUUCAUGAAAUCAACUGAACCAUCAGUUUUUGUGAGGUCAUCUCAGGAAGGAGUAGCCAGAGUAAGACGGGAGAAUGGGAAAUAUGCCUUCAUCACUGAAUCAACGACUAUCCAGUACGUGAAUCAGCAGCCCCCGUGUGAUACCAUGCAGUUGGAAGGAAAUUUCGGUAAAAAAUCUUACGGGGUAGCCAUGCCAGUUGGAUCUGAUCUUCGAGAACGCAUAACUUUGGCUGUCUUGGAGUUAGCAGAAGCACAGAGUCUUGCAAAGCUGGAGAGACUUUGGUGGCAUGAUAAAGGAAAAUGUUCAUCUUCUCCUCCGCCAGGUCGUCGUGAAAUAUUUCCAAAAAAGAUAAAGAUGCAAAAUAUAAAGUUUGCGGUGGUCAUUCUAAUGGCUGGCAUUGUUGUGGCUCUAUUCAUCACGUUCUUUCAUCUUGUUUACAAGGCUUGUUUAAAGGCUAAACAAAAUAAGACAAAAUUCUCUGACGAAAUUUGUGUCACCGUACGUUCAUUCUACACCGGAAAGAUGGAUGCACAGUCAGCCAACUUACGUCCGCCAUCCAAUGCUCCGUUAGAGAUGAAAUAA